AUGGCUGCUGCCGCUACCCCGGUUGUCCCUGAACAGUCGGCGACAACAACGACCCAUUUACCAAUGUUCGACAUAUCCAAACCCCCCGUUAUAGAAGGAUUUACACCGCUGUCGCGACCCAGAGAAGAGACGUUCCAGGAGAAGUUUAUGAGGAAGUCGAAGGAGAACCCCUUCGUCCCUAUAGGUGAGUUGCGUAAUGAGUACUGUAACUCAAGUUAAAAUUGUCCACAGCUGUACCUAGUCGGCUUCAAUGCAUACUAUUAAUACGUUAGAUGAUUCAUUCGUUGAAUAGACUGUCAUUUGGUCAUUCAUGUGGCGGCUUACGACCAAGAGACAACCGUGUUGUAGCUAGUUAGCUAACUAUGUUUAACUCGUUUGCUAGCUACAGCAGGGAACAGCAUACCAUCAACUUUAAUUUGGUACAGCCAGCUACAGUUUUUAAUAAGAUGUGUCAUGCGCAGUGACCUUGUGGACCUAAUAAGGUACACUAAAAGGCCUCAGCAUUGAUUAUUUUUAUUGGAACAUAGACUAGUGUUCCAAGCCCCAUUAUGAAACAUUACAGGGGGCAUAAUGCCCUUGUCAAGGAGUUUCAUAAUAAACAUGUAUUAUAAUGGUAAACUAGUGCAAUCAAUGGGUCAUACCCUACACUGGUAGACCAGUGGACAAACUGUCUGUAUAACAUAGUUAGGUAUUGAACAUUUAUGUGAAUAUAACAUCGGGAACUGCUCCACAUUGGGCAUGCUCUCUCUGUAGCUGUAAUUUCCCCUGUGGUUACAGGAUGAAUUGCAUACACAAUCAGGCCUAAAAUAUCUUAAGAUUUACAGUGGUCAGGGUGCUUGACCUUUUACAGUACUUUGAUUGUACACCUUCAUAGACCCUCCGUCCUCCAAAACAGAACAGAGAAGCAUUGGGACCACUGUGAAACCAAAUGGAAGCUACUGAAUGCACCUCUUUUCACACCCGCUGUUUUCAGACUGGUUAUGGAAAACCUAAUUGUUUUGGUUUUAAUAAAAUCGAUAUUCUGCGUCUCUCCCCAGGUUGUCUCGGUACAGCUGGAGCGUUGAUGUACGGUCUCCGAGCCUUCAAACAAGGCAAGACCCGUCAGUCCCAGCUCCUGAUGAGAGGGCGUAUCUUCGCACAAGGCUUCACCGUCGUCGCUAUCAUCUUCGGCGUGUUCGCCACGGCUCUGAAGAAAGACUGAGCAGCGUCAGGGUUGUAUUCAUUACUGCAAAACCGUAGCAAAACGUUUUGCAACGGAAAAAGAAAACAAGGUUUCUUAUUAGACAAGUUCUGCCAGUUUAUCCAUUCCUUUGGAGAGAACUGUGGUGGUGAAUGAAAUGUUGUUUGAAUGUGUUGUUUGAAUGUGUAG